AGAAGCCAAAAAAAAAAAACCAGUACAAUUUUCAAGAAGAGUUCAAAUUGAUUCCAACUAGUCAAACGUGGAGCAGCCAAGUCCGCUUUUCUACACGCACACAACACAUAUAGAGUGAGUGGGGGUAAAAACGAUCAAAGCCAACAAAGAAAAGAGUGAAAAAGGCAAAGAAGAAAGCACACAAAGUUGUGUGUGUGGAGUCCACCAUUAACAUAGGAAGCCUCCAUUGUUCUUCUGAAGUGAUAAUAAACUCAAGAAAGUAAGAAAACUCAAACAAAUUGAUCAACUUAACAAGAAAAAAGUGAAAUCUUGGAGUUGUUUUGUUGUGGGUUUGUUGAUUUUUGGUGAAAUCAAGAAUGGCUAGUCCUAAUCCUGGGUCAGGGAGAUUGGCUUUGACUCCGGUGAAUCCGACUCCUAUUUCUGCUUCAGUUAGGGUUUCUAAAACCCCUUUGACUGAUGAAGUCAUAUGGAAGAGACUUCGUGAAGCUGGAUUUGAUGAAGAAUCUAUUAAACGUAGAGAUAAAGCUGCUCUUAUUGCUUAUAUUGCUAAACUCGAAACUGAGCUGUAUGACCAUCAAUAUCAGAUGGGGCUUCUCAUCCUGGAAAGGAAGGAUUGGGUUUCCCAGAAUGAGCAAUAUAAAGCAGCUUCUGAGUCAGCUGAACUCUUGUACAAGCGUGAACAAGCUGCACGUCUUUCUGAUAUGGCUGAAGCUAAGAAAAUUGAAACUAAUCUGAAGAAAGCUCUUGGAAUUGAGAAAGAAUGUGUUGCAAACAUUGAGAAAGCGUUGCAUGAGAUGCGAGCAGAAUGUGCUGAAGCAAAAGUUGCAUCUGAGAAUAAGUUGGCUGAAGCACAAAGCAUGAUGGAGGAUGCUCAGAAGAAGUAUGCCGAUGUGGAGGAAAAGCUGCAUAAAGCAAAAUCUUUGGAAGCCGAAGCCAGCCUUUAUAAUCGUAGUGCAGAAAGAAAAUUAAGUGAAGUUGAGUCACGAGAAGAUGAUCUUAGGAGACAGAAAUUCUUAUUCAAAUCUGAUUGUGAAGCUAAAGAGAAAGAGAUCCAUCUGGAGAAACAAUCUUUAUCUGAAAGGCUGAACACUCUACAGCGGUCUCAAGAAGAGUUACUUGAUGCUCAGGCUUUGCUCAAUAAGAGAGAAGAUUUUAUAUUCAACAGAUCUCAAGAACUGAACAAACGUGAGAAAGACUUGGCGGCUGAAAAAUCAAACUUGGAGAAUGACGUGAAAGCCCUGAAUGAGGAAAAAUGCAAUCUGGAGCUGAAACUGAAGUCUCUAUCAGCAAGAGAAGAAGGCAUAGUAAAAAAGGAAUACAAACUUAACAAGAAAGAGGAAGAGCUACUGCUAUUACAGGGGAAACUACAAAGCAAGGAGAAUGAUGGCAUUAAGAAUGUUAUGGCUAAUCAGGAGGCCACAUUAGUAACUAAGAUGUCUUCUAUCGAGGCAGAGUUGGAAACAAAACAAAAAUUGGUGGAAGAUGAGAUCCAGGCCAAGAGGCGUGCUUGGGAGUUGAAAGAUAUGGAUAUUAAGCAUCGGGAGGACCUAAUUUCUGACAAAGAAUAUGAUUUGGAGAGGCAAUCAAAAACACUAGCUGAGAAGGAGAAAGAGUUGGAAGACAGGGUACGUGUUAUUGAGGAAAAAGAAAGAAACCUCCAAGCUGCUGAAAAAGAGGUAAAUUUGCAGAGAAUAGUUCUGCAGCAAGAAAGGGAACGGAUCAACAAAACGAGAAAUGAUCUUGAGAACUCUCUGAAAAUGCUGGAUGAAAAAAGAAAAUGCGUUGACCACGAGGAAGAAAAAGUGGAGGCUAUGAAAACUGAAACUCAGGAGUUGCUGAUUCUGGAAACAAGGCUAAAGCAAGAGAUUGAUGUGAUUAGAGCGGAGAAGGAGGAAAUUGAGGAGGAGGCAGAUCGGUUGAAAGCAGAGAAAGCUAAAUUUGAGACCGAAUGGGAGGUAAUCGAUGAGAAAAGAGAAGAAUUGCAGAAGGAAGCUGAACGUGUAGCUGAAGAGAAAUUGGCCAUUUCUAAGCUCCUUAAGGAUAGCCGUGACAGCCUGAAAGAAGAGAAAAUUGCAAUUCAAGAAGAAUAUAAGCAAAAGCUGGAGUCACUUUCUCGUGAUCGUGAAACCUUCAUGUAUGAGAUUGAGAGUGAACGUGCGGAAUGGUUUAGCAAAAUUCAGAAAGAACGCGAAAACUUUUUACUGGAUGUUGAGAUGCAGAAAAAGGAGUUAGAGAACCGCAUUGAAAAAAGGCGUGAAGAAAUAGAAACUGACCUAAAGGAAAAGGAGAAAGCCUUUGCAGAAUAUAAGAAAAGAGAACUUCAGGAUAUUGCAUCUCUCAGGGAGACCGUGGAAAAGGAAUUGGAGCAUGUUGGUUUGGAGUUGAAGAAACUAGACGCUGCGAGAAAAGAGAUCAAUUUGGAUCGUGAGAGAAGGGAUAAAGAGUGGGCAGAGCUAAAUAAUGCUAUUGAAGAACUUAAGGUUCAAAGGCUGAAAUUAGAAAAACAAAGGGAAUUACUUCAUGCUGAUAGGAAGGAGAUUCUUGCUCAGAUUGAGCAGCUGAAGAAAUUGGAGGAUGUUAAGAUCAUACCAGAUCGUAUUGUCACAGCCAAAAAAUUACAUUCUGGUCCACAAUCCAAUGAAGAUAAACCUUCUGCAAAAAGAUCUCCGAAGCAUGUCUCGGUUCUAGGUUCUGGUCUAGAUGGGGAUUGUAAGAAUGGUUUUAGGCAAGAUACUUCUUCUACCAUGAAAGAGAACGGAAAUUCAUCUUCUCCUCUCUCUACUCCAUUUUCAUGGCUUAAGAGAUGUGCUGAUACGUUGCUUGAUCGUGCCCCAAGUAACAAAAGGCGGAGGGAAGGUGGAGAUUUUAUAUCUCAGACCGAGAAUGGUGCAUCAAGUCCAUUAUCACCGGCACCAGAUGCAUCAGAUGUUGAACACCUGGAAGUACCAUCUGACCAAACUCCCAUUGCUGCAGAGGAAACCACUGUGUAUAUUGAUAAAAUUGUUACAGUUCAUGAAGUGACGGAAAUCAAUGUACAAAAGGUCCCUGAAGGAAGUCCAGAGAUUCUCUCUAGGGAAAGUGAUAAGAAGGUUGGGAAAAAUGGUAGUUUGGAAUCAAAUGAAAAUGGGAAGCCUGAGGGCAGAUCCAGAAGAACUAGGGCAACAAGGAAGUAAUGAUACCGCUAUAUGUGAGAGGAGUAGCAGGUUGAGCCUUGACUAAUUUGCUGUUUGUUUCCUUCAUUUGAAACUUUUGCGGCUUUCCUACAAAAAUUUUCAAGCUGACGACUGAUUGUGACUGGUGGUAUGCCUGCCAUGUUUGGUGUGACUCAUGUGAUCCCCAAACAUGUAAAUGUCUCGUGCUAACUCGUACCCUCAAGUGUUUUGUAAAUGGUAAGAAGGUAUUCUUAGCAGAUGUGAGUGUUUAGGUGUUUAUCAAAGAGCUGUGGUUGUAAGUAAAUGAAAGUGGUUUGUGUGUUUGCUUAUUGUGGUAAAUGCAACUUAAUAAUGAGAUUUUGGAGAUUAUGCA